AUGAUUGAGGCACUGCUUAGGGCUAAUGAUUCUGGGAAGUCGCCCUUUGAGCAUAUAAGUCCCAGCAAGAUAGAUAGUUGCACUGUGGCCCAGCCAUUUGGUCAAGUUCCUGAGGGCGAGCAUGAUUGCUUUUUUGUGGUAAAUAGCCCUAAUAGACACAAAGUGGCAAGAAGCCGUGUGUUUAAUAUCCUUAAGAAAAAUACCAAACACAAUGUGCUGAUACCUGCAGACUAUUUGCGAGGGUUGAUUCUUGAACCCAUUGAUGCCAACUACCCGUUGCCGAUUCCAACUUUAGAUGCGUUUACUAUUGGAGAAGCAAGUGGCAACUUUAUUGCAUGGCCCAGGGUUUGCUUCUAUGUACAAGAUAAAGCACAAAAUCGACAGGUUGAGACAGCCGUACCAAACCAAUUGUCAAAAACCUACCAGAGCGCACUUGAGGCAUAUGCAAAGUUGUUUGCUGAUUCUACAAUGCUUAUCAGCUUUGACCAAAGCAUGAGCCACUGGAUGCUAAUCGGCAUUAUGCCGGCUGCUGUUAAAAUUGCAAAGUUUUACUACUUGGAUUCUACUAGUGAGCAGCCAGAUAUGAUGGAAUUAGUUAAUUUGGCCGUGGUGCUUUAUCGCACUGAAAAGAACUUACAUGUACCAUUAAGGUACAAGUCAUAUGAUCUAGCCUAUCCUAAUUGGAAGAUAAUAAAAUGCCUACGACAAAUAGCAUAUAGCGAGGACUGUGGAUAUUGUGUCAUGAGAUUUCUUAAAGACAUCAUCACUCAUGAGAUGACUUUAAUCCCUUCUGCGUAUUAUCCCGAUUUAUAUUGUAAAGAAUUCAGGGAUCGUCAUAUUAACGAAGUUAUUGAGGAAUAG